AUGCCUACCGUCCACUUGUUAGACUACGUCGCCGGCAACGUGCGAAGUCUCGUAAACGCCAUCGAGAAGGUUGGCUACGAGGUCGCAUGGAUCAAGACUCCCGAAGAGGUCAAGAAUGCAGAUACACUCAUCCUCCCUGGCGUGGGCCACUUUGGCCACUGCCUCAAACAGCUUUCCUCUGCGGGCUUCCUGCCCCCCAUAAAAGCUCACAUCGAAGCCGGCAAGCCAUUCAUGGGUAUUUGCGUCGGCAUGCAGGCUCUGUUCUCCGGAUCUUCCGAAGACCCUGAAUGCCCUGGACUAGGCGUCAUCACUACUUCGCUCUCCCGCUUCGACGACAGUGACAAAGCCGUCCCGCACAUUGGCUGGAAUGACGCUGUAGUGGAGGGUGGCGCUUCCCUUUGUGACCUGAGGCCUGGAUCCAAGUACUAUUAUGUCCACAGCUAUCGCUGUCCGUACGAGAAAGGAGAUCUGGAGGGCCAAGGAUGGACAGUGGCGACGGCGACCUAUGGGGGUGAGACAUUUGUUGGCGCCGUGGCCAAAGGCAACAUCCUCGCGACUCAGUUCCACCCUGAGAAGAGCGGCGUCGCGGGGCUGAGAGUCCUCAAGUCCUUCCUCUCCGGCGAGGGUGCAAAAUCCCUCGGCCAGGCGCCCCCACAGGCUACGGCGGUGCAAUUCAGCGGAGGCGCGGUGCCACAGCCGGGCCUUACAAGGCGAGUGAUAGCCUGCCUCGACGUGCGCACGAACGAUGCGGGCGAUCUGGUUGUCACGAAGGGCGACCAGUACGACGUGCGCGAGAAGGGCGCCGACCGUGAGGUCCGCAACCUUGGAAAGCCCGUCGACAUGGCCAAGAAGUACUACGAGCAAGGCGCGGACGAGGUCACAUUCCUGAACAUCACAUCUUUCCGGGACUUGCCGCUGAAAGACCUGCCCAUGCUAGAGAUCCUUCGGCUCACAUCCAAGACCGUGUUCGUCCCGCUGACCAUCGGCGGCGGCAUCAGAGACACAAUCGACCCGCUCGACGGCAAGAAGGUGACCGCGCUGGACAUCGCGAAGAUGUACUUCAACAGCGGCGCCGAUAAGGUGAGCAUCGGGUCGGACGCCGUCACCGCCGCGGAGGAGUACUACGCCGCGGGCAAGAAGCUGUCAGGCACCACUGCGAUCGAGCAGAUCUCGGGCGCCUACGGCAACCAGGCCGUUGUCGUCUCGGUCGACCCGAAGAGGGUGUACGUGGCGUCCCCCGAGGCGGCAGGCGCCCACGCGCCCAACACCAUCAAGACGAAAUACCCGGGCCCAACCGGUGGCGAGGAGUACUGCUGGUACGCCUGCACCAUCAAGGGCGGGCGGGAGACGCGCGACCUGGACGUCGUCCAGCUGGCGCAGGCCGUCGAGGCCAUGGGCUGCGGCGAGAUCCUGCUCAACUGCAUCGACCGCGACGGCACCAACAGCGGCUUCGACCUCGAGCUGAUCCGCCAGGUCAAGGCCGCCAUCAAGAUCCCCGUUAUCUCCUCCUCGGGCGCAGGUAACCCGGGCCACUUUGAGGAGGUGUUUGCCGAGACGACGACGGACGCGGCGCUCGGGGCGGGCAUGUUCCACCGCGGGGAGUAUACGGUGAGAGAUGUCAAGGACUACCUGGGCAAGAAGGGCUUGACUGCAAGAGGAUUCGAAGGGGACUUGUGA